AGAUUUAGGGCACAACAUGAAUUUUAAUUCAAUCCCUCCCAAUUAUAAACCCAAUAACUCUCAUUUGAUUUGGGAUUGCAAAAUUCGAGUCAAGCUUGCAUUUUUACCGAUUAUGAAAUUUGGAUCGUGUUUAAUUUUUAUUUGUUUCAUGGAAAUUGCGGGAAGAAUUGUUAGAAAUGCUUACUUAAUUACUCAGUAGCUAAAGCAUCGUAAUUUAGGGCUCUGUUUUACUUUCUCAAAUUUCGAAAUUUUGGUGCUUUAGUUUUCGUAAUUGUUUGAUCGAGUGAUUGAAUUGUGGGAGAAUUGAAGGAAAUGAUAAGGAAUUAUCAUUUAUCUAAGAGUUAGUUCUGUUUGCUCCUGACUUUUGGUUAGUUGCCCCCUAAGGAGAGGAAAAAACAGUUUCCUUACACGUAACAAACUCUUUCUAGGUGUAGAGAUUAGCUGCGGUGUAUAUAUCACCUAACCUCCACCACUUCCCUCCACUAUCGUUGUGUAAUCCUUCACCAGCAUUGCAGAGCAACUACUUUAAACACUAAUCUGUUCAUCGUCUGUUGAAAGUUCAUCAGAGCUCAGAUUCAAGAUAGAACUGACCAAGAACUCUUCCACUUGCUAUGCGUUUUCUGUCAUUGGCUAGCGUUUUCUGUAAUUGGCUUAUGGCUUGCCUUCGGGGUUGGUUAAUUAAUUGUUUUUGUGUCCGUUCAAUUUCAGUGAAGAAUAUGAAGGCAGGCUAAACAAUAUUCCAACAGUCUGAGCUGCUUCUUAUUCAAAAGGAAUACAAAUUGUAAUCUUCUCAUCAGUUGUCAGGAUUUUCAAUUUAUCUAAAUUCAGUUUUUUUGGAGUAUAUCGGAUCUAUAGCCUUCUCUGUCCUCUGUCUGCUCUUUUACAGGCUUUCAUGAGAAAAAAAAAAAAAAAAAAAUCCCUGCAGCAUCUCGCGGGUUUAAGCACUAGUUAAAGGAAUGAAAAACAGCUGUUUUCAAAAUCAUAGACUGUAAGAAAUAACAAAUGUUGUCGUGAAUCGUCUACAUGUCUGCUGCACGGUUAAAAGAAACUGUCAUCAAAUUGGAUUAUAUCAAAAACACAAAUCUUCCUGCAAGGGUUUUGGGAUGAAAAUCAGUAAAACAGAGGUGAACUUGAGGAGGCUGCUUGCAGCUGCUCCUCAGCAACAAAACCAGGCAAAACUUUCGCAUUAUGUUGCUACUUUACGAGAACAGGUAGAACAGCUAGCUGAAGAGAGAACACCGGAAGGCUUACCUAGAGUUUCAAAGGCUGUCUUAAGUGACUAUUCAGAGAAGAUCGAAGCCAUUGCUUCGAAAUUAGCUGCUCCAUUGCCUGAUUUACAAGAACCACAGGAGUCCCUUGCAAGAAUUUCGGUUAAAGCAAAGUCUUCUGAAACAGGAGACAAUCAGAGUCCCCACUCUCCAGGUCUGAGAAGAAGAUUUGUGCCCAACUCAAACAUCCAAGAUGGAACUCGUGAGACUCCUAGUGCAGAUUCUCUGUCACCUGUCAAACUUGACGCUGCAGCUCAAGCGCACAUUGAAAAGCAUAGAAGACUUCAGGAGGAUUUGACUGAUGAAAUGGUUGGGUUGGCAAGGCAACUCAAAGAGACUAGUCUCAUGAUGAGCCACUCCGUGCAAAACACUGAAAAACUACUUGACUCUACAGAGGAGGCUGUAGAAAGGAGCUUGGCUAGCACUGGUCAUGCCACUGCACGGGCAUCCGAUAUAUACUCAAAGACCUCCAAGACUUCAUGUUUCACAUGGCUUUUGAUGUUUCUAAUGACGUGUAUAUUCAUUAUGGUGGUACUUUUAAUUCGUGUCACUUAGUACGUGUAUCCUUGGGUAGGAAGACGAAGACUGAGAUUUCACAUGCCUUUUGAUGUUUCUAAUGACAUGUAUAUUUAUCAUGGUGGUACUUUUAAUUCGUGUCACUGUGUAUCUUUAGGUAGGAAGAUGAAGACUGAGACACACCUUUCA